UAAGCUAUGUGAAGCAAAGCGAACAGCUGAUUGUCGGGUUUGUUGUGCUACUCAUGUGUUCGGUUUUGCGUGCUUUUACGUUUGUGGCGCAAGUUUCUGUGUUUUCUCGGUAUUAAUUUGUUGUGAAUUUAGCGAAAAUACUAUUUGUUAUUCAAAGUGAAAGAAAUACUGUUAAAUAUGUUGAGGAAAGUGCCAUUAAUCGUGAUUUUGGGCUCAACCGGCACUGGCAAAACAAAGUUGUCACUCGAAUUGGCGGAGCGCUUCGGCGGCGAAAUAAUCAGCGCUGAUUCAAUGCAGGUUUAUGCCAAUCUGGAUAUUGCGACCGCAAAGGCCACCAAAGAAGAGCAGUCUCGAGCUAGGCAUCAUCUCUUAGAUGUUGCUACACCAAAUGAACCGUUUACGGUGGUCAGUUUUCGUAAUGCGGCUUUACCAAUUAUCGAAAAUCUUUUAGCACAAAACAAGUGUCCUAUUGUAGUCGGCGGUACCAACUACUACAUCGAAUCGCUCCUUUGGGAUAUACUCGUUAGUCCGAAGGAUCCAAACGAACUGGAGGACGGUAUAGACAACCAGUCUGACAUAUCUACUACAGUAAACAUUGCGGGCAAAGGAGAAGAGCGGACUGUUGGAUCUGACAAUGUGAAAGAUCCUUUAUUUCUGCCACAGUCAGAAAUGUCAGCAAUGUCAUCUGAGUUGUUGCAUAACCAUUUAAGGAAGAUCGAUCCGCAGUCGGCAAAUCGCAUACAUCCGAACAAUAAAAGAAAAAUUACGCGCGCCAUAGAAGUAUAUCAGCAAACGGGAGAGACCCUAACUGCUAAAUUGCAGGCGCAACGCCAACAACCAGGCGGUAAUCGGCUCGGCGGACCACUACGUUACCCCCACACUAUAUUGUUUUGGUUGCGUUGUAAGCAGGAUGUGCUCAAUGUGCGUUUGGACAAGCGCGUCGACGCUAUGCUCGAACAGGGUUUGCUGGCUGAGAUACGUGCUUUUCAUAACGAACACAACGGUGAUAAAAGCCAAACCGACAAUUCCGCAGCGUACACCCGUGGCGUACUUCAAACAAUAGGCUUCAAAGAAUUCAUACCCUACUUGGAGCAGUUUAAUGCGGCAAAUGAUCAGAAAAUUGAAGAGUACUUACGCUUGAAUGCGUAUAAAAUGCCAACGGAAGAGCACUUCAAAGCACAAAAGCCGAGUUCAAUAAACGUAACAGCAGUUCAGAAGCACACACAACAACAAAAUAUAGACGAACGUCAAUCACAACAGCCGCCACAGCAGUCGACCAUUGAUAGAGAAAUUGAAUUAGAAUUGGAAACAGCGACACAUUCCGAUACAACAACUACGAGUUCACCUUUGCCCGCAGGCCUCGAGGUGCUAAACGCGUGUUUGAAUGAGCUAAAACGGGUCACACAACGCUACUCGAAGAAACAAAUCAAGUGGAUAAAUAAUCGUUUUUUGGCCAGUAAGGAUCGUCAAGUGCCCGAUUUGUAUGAACUCGAUACGAGUGAUGUUAACUUGUGGCAAGCAGAAGUGUAUGAGCGUGCUGUGGCGGUAAUCGAAAGUCAUCGCCGUGGUGAGGUCUGCGAGAUACAAGCAAUGGCGCGGCGUCAACAUCCGGGUGCGGGACUUAAUGAGGAGACCAGCAAUUUCUGCGAGAUCUGUCAACGGCAUUUUAUAGGCGAAUAUCAGUGGCAAUUACAUCUGAAGUCCAAUAAGCAUAAAAAACGGAGGGAGUCAAAUAAAAAGAAGGAGAAAGCGAGUGGAAUUUCUGUGGACACCAAUAGGGAGGAUAAAAAAUCGUGAUUUAUUUGAUAAUACUACUAAAAAAUGUGUUAUGAAAAACAAACCAAAAUAUACCUAUGUAUAAUAAAUUCUAUAAGCCGAGAUUAUAAAUUUAU